CAAACAACCGUUUGACUAUGUUGCUAUUUCUGUGGUUAAUUAACAUUAUCUUUGAAGUUAUAUCUACGUUUACGUAAACAAUGUGUCCAUAAUAAUUUUGACACUGGUUGACUUGGUCGAUACAACUUGGUUUGAACUUGCAAAACUAAAAAUAUUCAGAUCCAGGGCUUAACAAUACGACGCGACUUCCCACGAACAUAAAAUUAAUUUUAUUUGGGAGAAAAGUAGGUAUCAACGGAGUAACUGAGUAACACCAGCAUGGAAGAUCUGUUAUUUGCCUUGGUUUUAGAGGUGUCUUUAUUGCAGUUAAAAAUUUUAGAGGGUAUCACACAGCUAACACAAAGAGGGAAUCCCGUCAGUAAGGGCGAAAAUGCUCAACUUGAUAAGCUUACGAGAGACCGGGCGUUUAUAAAGGACGCGCUGAGAAGCACCCUAGUCGAGGCAGCGGAGAAGGGACAGUGGAAUGCCCUGCGAAAAGCAGUGGAACUGUUACAGAAGCGGGCUUCAAUGAUAAACACGUUGAGGUUGACCCACGAUCGGCUAAAAGCGGCUCUUCAAGACACCACAGCUGAAUUGUUGCGGAAAAGGAAUCAGUGGGCACAAGAUCUUCGAAAUGCUGAUAAUAAAAUAGCACUUCUGCGAGAUAAGAUGAGGGACGACCUCCAAAAUGCGAAGGCCCGUCUUUGUUAUGCUGACAAGUGGAUAUUGGCCCGGACCGAGUCACACGAACUGCAACUUCAAAUCCAGACGCAAGGUCCGCCACUCCCGCGUCCCGACCAUGAGCAACGAGUCCACGAUGAGUUGUUCAAGGCAUACGAACUUCAAAUAAAGGAGCGUGAAACUGGAUAUGAAUAUUGGAAGGAGCGUUACGUGAAGGACAUAGCAAAUAUCAACUCGCGGCUGAUGGUCAAGUGCGAGCAGCUUCGGGCGGCCAUCGCGCGCAGAAAAGAACUACAGAAACUGUAUGAUCUCCACGACGGUGAAAUGCGUGCUUGGUUGACGUUCAAGAGAGAGAGAGCGGCGCGGCUUGCGAGGGAGAAACGCGUCAGAGACGCUGCCACCCGCAUCCAGGCUUGGUGGCGAGGUGUUAUGGUGCGAUGCGGACUGGGCCCGUUCCGAUCCUUGCGCACAGCCAAAAAGUCUGCUAAGGGGAAGAAAAAAUAAUUAUUAA